GCGUUGCAGCGCGGGGCCUGGGGCGAGCUCUGGCGCCCCGCCGCCCCGGCCGCCCGUGCUGGGCUCCCCGCCGCUGCCGCGGAGGAGGGAUCCCUGCACGUCUUCGCGAAGUUCGGGCAGCUGACCAUCGGGGCCCUGCAGCAGGUCCGCAAGUGCCCCAGCAUGGGCGACGGCCCUGAG